UUCUCCCUCUCGCCCAGCGCGGACGGCCUCCUAGCCGCCGCAGCCGUCUCCUUCUCUUCCUCUUCCUCUCCCCUCCGCCCGCCGCACGCCCCCGAGCUCCCCAAGAUCCGCGCCACUGCGCCGCCUCCUCCUCUCCUCCACUUCUCUCCUCCUCUGCCCCCCGCGCAUGGUCGUCGUCGCUCGUCUCUUCCUCUCCCGCGUCUGUCCCGGCAGCGGCGACGACUUGCAGGCAAAAGGCGACGGUGGCGACGCUCAGUUCGAUGCAGCACCAUGGACCAGUUCUUGUAGGAGAGAGAGGAUGAGAGGGCGAGAGAGAAGGAACGAGAGAAGGGAGAAAGAGAGAGGAAAGAGGAGAUGGAGGUGCGCCGGCUGAUGGGAGAGGGUCACACGCCGGCGUCGGCCUACGCCGGCGAGGUCGGGCGAGAUCUGGCGGUUGUCGGCGGCUCGAUCCGCUCCUGGAUCGGGAGCUGCGAGGAGGCCCUGUAGGAGAGAGAGGAUGAGAUGGAGAGAGAGAGAAGGAAGGAGAGGAGGGAGAAGGAGAGAGGAAAGAGGUGAUGCAGGUGCGUGGGCUAAUGGGAGAAGGUCUCACGCCGGCGUCGGCCUACGUCUGCGAGGUUGGGCGAGAUCUGGCGGUUGGCGGUGGCUCGAUCCGCUCCUCCAUCGGGAGCUGCGAGGAGGCUGGGGCUCUUGGGCGUGCCAUGCGCUGGAAGGUGGAGGAGGCUGGUUUGGUGGUUGCUCGGGUUUGGAGCAGCAAGGAUAUGGGGCUGCACUUUCUUGGAGCAGCAUGCAAUGGAGCCAAGGUGAAUAAGCAACACAUACUCGAUCGUACUGCUCAAACCAUACAUGCUUGGAAAAAAUGUGUUCUAAGAUCUCUAUAGGAUUAAAUGUAUUUGCUUGCAGUACUUUCAUUCUCCGAAAAGAAUGGCGAAUCCAAGAUUUAGCUCAAAAUUAUUGCAUUUUGUUUCAAAAUAGGAUGAUCUUUCCUUGCUGAAUAGACAACAUAUAGGUUAAGAACGUGUAUGAUGCUGAUUUUGGUGGUUUGGACAUGGAUUUGAGGGUGGAGAAUGGCCACAUGAAGGAGGCAUUCAGGACUGAUCUCCUAGGUUGGUGGAUCUGCGACGUUCCGGUUCCUGCUGUUGGUCAGCCGUUUCUUUGGUCGAGAGAUUAAAGCAGAUGGGUGCACUUGUUGCCGGCGGUCUCGUCCCACUGGUAGGGUUCCAGCAAGAUGCUCAAGAAUUUUCUCAUGAAAGUGGAUGAAUAACGUCAUGGCCAGGAUCUUCAAAGGACCAAUGUUGCAUAGCCUUUACCCACUCUGCACUGCCGUAACAUCUCAAGUAGCGACUACUCCCGGUACAUCUUGUGUUGAUCACGAGCAACACCAAGAGAGAUGUAUGGACUAUUUGCAUGCAGAUUACCUCCAGGUUGAUUGGCUGUAAUCAUCAGUAUCACUUGGCGUACGAACCGUGCAUACUAGGAGCUGGUGUGAGAUCCAAAACUGUUCUCAAUCAGCGACACCUUAAGUGAAUGUGUAAUAUCAUUCUAGAGUUCUGUAUUUGAAUGGCAGGCUACUUUUGAUGUUCCUCAGUUUCUUGAGUCCUAUAUAUCUCCCCAAAACAUAACAGACUAAUUUUGAUGUUUUUGUUGGAACGGGUCUACAGGCCCAUGCACGUCGCCGUCGCCAACUAACCACGACCGGCAUGCCUUGCAUGCCUCUUCCUAGCAUCUAGGACUGUCUAGUUAGUCUGUUAGUUGGUUAGAGAUAUGCUGGACUCUGUAUAUAUCUUGAGCAACAGAUCAAUACAAGCAAGUGUUCAAUCCCAAACCUCCUGUUUAGUCUCUACAUGGUAUCAGAUACUUCCACGAUCUUCUUCCUCGCUUCCGCUCAUCGAUGGAUCUCUCUGACCUCUCCUCUGCCGGCUCCGGCCCCGGCACAAACCCCUUCGGCGAGCCAUCCUCCGCCGGCCCCUCCGUGCCUUUCCACCUCAUCCUCUCUCUCAACAUCGCCUCAGCCAUGCCCGUCACUCUAGAGCUGCACCCCCCGAACUACACCACCUGGAGCUCCUUCCUCCAUGCCCUUCUCAUGUCCUACAAUAUUCAAGACCAUGUCAAUGGCACCGUCGACGCCCGGAACCGUCUCAUCGACGCCGUCUGGACGCAGAUCGACUGGUGUAUCAUCCGGUGGCUUCUCGGCUCCAUCUCCGGCCAAGUUCGGGGCGCGGUCAACCACCGGAACCCCACGGCGUACACGCUCUGGACGGCGAUCCGUCAGCUCUUCCUCUCCAACCGGAAUCAGCAGGGUAUUCUCGCACUAGAGGAGUUCCACGGCCUGCAUCAAAACGACCUCUCCAUCACGGAUUACUUCACCCGCCUCCAGACGCUCGCCGACACGCUCUUCGACUGCGGCAUGCCGGUGACCGACCGCGGCCUCGUCUCCAACAUGCUCCGCGGGCUCUCCAACAAGUUCGCCCAUGCCAUCUCUACGAUGACGUACGACGACAGCAAGCUGCCGACGUUCCUGCAGGCGCGGACUUACCUCCUCCAGGAAGAGCGCCGUAUCGAUCAUGCGACAUCCCAUGAGUCGCCCACGGCUCUCUAUGCCGGCCGCCCUAUGCCUCCUCCAAUCUCCACGCCCAACCCAACUCCUCCGCCUCCCGUCCCCCCUCCAUCCAGUAGCGCCGGCGGCCACGGCGGGCAGGGCGGCAACGACAUCCAGGGCGGCGGACAGCGCGGUCGCAAGCGCCGCAAAGGCGGCAACGCGGCGCCGGCAUCAACCCGUGGACCGGCAUGUUUCUGGCAUGGCCUAUGA